AUGAUAAACCCUUUAAAAGAUAUAGCAUAAUGUAAGAAAGGACUAGGCAUCUAGUUGAAAAAAAAAUUCUCAAGAUUAGGAAAGCAUGAAAAAAUGAUUUAAUAGAACCAAAAGGUUUUAGAUUAUACUCAAAAUCCUAUUAUUAAGGCAAAUAUUGAAGAUGCUAGAACAUAGUUUAAGCGUGAUAAUAAGGUUGAUGGUAUUAAGUUGCUUUCUGAAGCAGCGGAAAGGUCAAGCAAGGAAGUAAAAUUUGGCUAGGAACUUAGGAUUGAUAAAAAGAAAAUUAAUAAGGAAGUAAAAAAGUUUGCAAAUAAAUCUAUUGAUAAAUCUCUUGAAGAUUCAUAUUCAUAUUUAGUAGAUAAUGACUACCUUUAAAUGAAUUUAUCAAAAAUAGAAGAAAACAAAAGAUUAAUUUAGGAGCUCAAAGAAUUUAAAAAGCUAUAUUUUGAAAAAAAGGAGAUAUAAAGAUUGUUAAAAUAAUAAGAAAGAAAGCCCGAAAAUUAUUUACCCCAUUCACUAAUAGGCUAAGAGGACAUUAAUAAUUCCUAGCGCUUUCUUGCUUAUUAGGAAAGUAGCAAAAAUCUUAAAAAUUAGAGGAUAUAAAAUAUGAUUGAAGGAGGUUCAAAAGAAAAUAGAAAACUGUCCUUAUUAAUAUCAAGUGGAUUAUUGGAUACAUCAAAAAAUAUAAAAUAAAUUAUUGCAACAUCUACUGAGCUUCUCAUUUAAGAUAUGAAAAAAAAUCCAGAAAAGUUCAAUACAAAUUAAUAAAGCUUAUAUGAAGAAGUAGUAAUUGAUCAGUAAGAAAAUUAGCAAGAUUAAUAUGAAUAAAAUGAAAAUUAAGAAAAUAAUGAAGCGACAAAUCCAGAUAAUUUAAUUGUCAAUUAUAAUGUUCAAGGACCUUAAAAGGAUGUUUAAGUGAUGGGGAAUUAAAAUGACAAACAGCAGAUUAUUGAAAAAUAUGGUGAAAAAAUUUCUUAAAUGGGAUUCGAUAUUACACUUGAUGAAUUGAAUUUUGUUAAUUUUGAUACUUUGGCUCUGUUUUUUGACGAGUUUGUAAACAGCACUCCUGAUGAAAAGAUGAAGACUUUGAGUAAAAUAUAAGUUAUUGAUAGCUUAAGGUCAUAUGAAAACUAUUUAUUUGACAAAUAUAGAAACCACGAUAUCAGUUUGAGGGUAAAGGGAUAGCUUGAAUUCAAGCACCUAACUGAGAAAGAAAAUUUGAAUUACAUAAAAUACUAUAUAAAGAAGCCAUCAGAACUAUUUUUGAUGAUUUAAAAUAUACCUGAAUAAAGCAUAAUGCCAAGCAUAGUCUCAUAGGCAGUUAGUAAGAUAGCAUCUUUUAGGUUUUAGUCAAAAGAAAAUUACUUAGCAGUUAUUAGUAAUUAUAAUUACAGAGCUUUGUUAAGAAGAUGCGUUAAUUCAUGCAGUUAAAUGUCAGAUUAAGAAUUUGUUGAUAUGGUUUGGUCAUUAGGAAAAAUACAUAAAGAUGAGCAUGGUAUUGUGUAUGAAAAGCUUUUUAAUAAACUUAUGGAAGUUACCACAGAAUAAUUAAAUUAAAGAAUGAGUUAAAUACCAUUGAAAGAUAUUAGCUUUCUCAGUAGAGGUUAUUUGAAAUUGCAUCACUUAGCAUUGAAUUAAGAUAUGAACUCUAAUCUAUUAAAUUAAAUCUAAUAAAGACUUGAGAAUAGAGAAGGAGAAUAGCUUACAAUUUUUGCGAUUUAAGGAUUAAUGCUGUAUUUAAGCUUUUUGAAUACAAAACAAAGUUAAGAAAUCAUACUAAAUUUCCUUUUACCACUCUUGCAGAAAGAGGAAAUAAUUACGUAGCUAGAUGAUAUGAGUUUAUCAGAAAUAUGCUCAAGCUUAGCAUGCAUUAGUACUUCAAACGGAAAAGAAAUUUAAAUUUACCUAGAUUUAAUAACACCAUAGAUAAAAAAAAUAUCUAAAAAGCUAUAAACAGAUACAAUUAGUGAUUUAAUGAUCAUAGCUAGCGCAAGCAAUUAUUAAAGUAAGGAGUUAUUCUAAGAACUUAAAAAACGAACUAUUUUUAAUUUCCGUGAAUAAAAAUAGUGCAGCGAAAUUUCAAUAUCAAAAAUAUUAGUUUCGUUUGCAUAAUUUGAUGUAGUGAAAUCUUUAUAAAAUCACGUUGACAAUAAAGAGAGCUCGAAUACAAAUUUAACAGAUAAUCUAUUAUUGUUUAGCUAUUUCCCGACUCUUGUAUUUCAUCAAUAAUCACCUUAAUAUAUAUUUUACAAUAAGCUUUCGAAAGAAAUAUACCAAGUUAAGGAUAAAAUGUCCUAAAAAUGGAUAUCGAUGAGCUUGUUUGGUAUUGCAUCAGCUCAAUACAAGAAUGUUGAAUUUAUUGAUGAAUGCGUUAACAAAAUUUUGUAAAAUUAAGAUAGUCUUGAUGAAAAUAUCAAGCAAAAUCCUAUUUCUAAUACAAAUUUAAAUGAAUUAGCGAUGACAUUAUUCUGCUAUUCCAACAUGAAGAGAUCAAAUGAAUGGUCUAGAAAAAUGAUAGAAAGAAUUCGUAAUUUGUUCAUGUAAAAUAAAUUUAAGAAAGCUACUCCUAUUGCAUGGGCUUAAUUUUUCAAUACUUUGAGCAAUACCAACUAAGAAAAUGAACUAGACGAAGUCGAACAACAAUUUGCAGAAGUUGUCUACUUUGAUAAAAUCCAACCACAUAUUAGAUAUUUUACACAGAAUAUGAUAAUUUCUUUGCUUUUCAGCUUAUCAAGGUUAAAAGUAGACAAAGAUAUAUUAUUUGAACUUGCCCAGCUUGUUUAAUUUAGUAAGCUUAGCAACUUCUAGCUCUACAUCCUUAACAUAGCCCUCUAGCUAGGGAAUUUAAAGAAUUUAGAAAAUAUACCAGACAUAUCAACUUCAUCCGCUUAACCAAGAAUCAAAGAAGUAGAGCUUUAUAUAAAAGACAUACUCGCAUAAAAAUUAGAUUUUUAUGGAAAUCAAAGAUUUAAUUACAAACAAGUUAUUAAUCAAGUUAAGUAAAUUCUUGUUGAGAUUACAAAUAAUAAAAAUAUAGAAGGAAAAGAAGCGAAGCUAGUUCUAGAGAACUUUUUUGAUGAUAAUUUAAAUUUAAUGAUUGAUUUCUAUCUGCCAAAGGAGAAAAAAGCAAUUUUUGUGUACACAUAUGAUAACUGUUUGAUGUAGGAGCACACUGACACUAGUUCAAUAAGUGACAACUCUCUUUCAGGAUUGUUCUAAGCAAAAGAAAAGAUUCUCAAAGAAAAUGGUAUUUCAGUAUCUUAUAUAUUCAUUCAUGAAUUUAAUAAAAUUGGACUAGAUUCCUCAAUAGAAAACGAAAAGCUGCUUAAAAAAAAAUAUGUGGAAAAAUUAUUAAGCAAAUAAUGA